AUGGAUAAGAACGGUCGCUUGAUGAUAGGAGCUCCACCAGAUAGUAUUGCUAUUCUUCAAGAGAGCGGAUGGAUGAACGGUGAGGUGUUCUUCCAAUGGUUGCAACAUUUUAAUCAACAUGUUCAGCCAACAGAAACAAAUCCUGUCCUCUUAAUUUUGGAUGGCCACGCUAGUCACAAGGAGCUGGCAGUUAUAAAAUAUGCACGUAAUCAUCACAUUCAAAUGCUAAGCACACCACCUCAUACAACUCAUAAAUUGCAGCCGUUGGACAGGACAUUUUUUAAACCUUUUAAGUCUGCAUUUGCAACUGCAAGUUCAGCAUGGAUGAGGCGAAAUCCUGCAGCUAGAAUCACUGACUAUGAUAUUGCUGCACUUGUGGACGAAGCCUUUAGCAGAGCAGCAAGGUUGGAUAUAGCACAAAACGGAUUCAAAUGCACAUGA